GAAGCGAGAGCGAAGGACAUGUCAUCUUCGGCAGCGCGGCAUUUGCACAAACUUUGGUGUACCUCGGCAACGUCAACACGUUGUGCUCUUCGUUUUCUAACAUCCCGCAAAUUCCAUUCCAUCGGUGAAAACAAAAGCAACAGCAAUUCACAGCGUUCCCGUUUGUGCUUGCAAUCGUCUGCCGAAUCUACAGUUUGGUCACUUCAUCGUCUUUCGAGCGGCAACGUUUCGGCAAUGACGGCCAGCAAAUACCAGAUCACUGAGCGGGGUGCUCCGAAUUCCACCGAUUACCGGGUGUACUUCAAGAAUGAAAAUGGUCAGGCCAUUUCGCCACUACACGACAUUCCACUCUACGCCAACGAUGCAAAAACUGUGUACAACAUGGUCGUGGAGGUGCCUCGUUGGACGAAUGCCAAGAUGGAGAUCAGUCUCAAUGAGGGCUUGAAUCCGAUCAAGCAAGACGUGAAGAAGGGCAAAUUGCGGUACGUUGCGAACUGCUUCCCGCACCAUGGCUACAUCUGGAACUACGGAGCAUUCCCUCAAACUUGGGAAAAUCCGGAACAUCUAGACCCGAACACCGACUGCAAAGGAGACAACGAUCCAAUCGAUGUGCUAGAAAUCGGCUCACGGGUAGCACGCCGUGGCGACGUUUUGCAGGUGAAAAUUCUCGGUACGGUCGCACUCAUCGACGAGGGAGAAACAGAUUGGAAAGUCAUUACGAUCAACGUGAGCGAUCCUGUGGCCAGUCAGGUGAACGAUAUUAAUGACGUGGAGACAGUGUUUCCGGGAUUGCUGAAGGCGACGGUCGAGUGGUUCAAGAUCUACAAGAUUCCCGAUGGCAAACCGGAGAACCAAUUUGCGUUCAACGGUGAGGCCAAGGAUGCCGCUUUUGCCACGAAAACCGUAGAGGAGACCCACCGCUUCUGGCAGCAGUUGGUCAACAAGGACGUUGAAAACAAUGGAAUUUCUUGCCUAAAUACAACUGUCGAUGGUUCACCGUACCUGGUGGCCAAUGACACUGCCAAUGAAGUGUUUGCAAAGAGUGCGGACGGCGGUAAUUCUGAGCCUCUUAGUGAGACUGUAGACAAAUGGCACUUCCGCAUGGAGAACAGUUACUCAAAGCUGUAAAGCAGCACAAGUAGAGGUAGCCAAAUACAAAUAGAAUCUAGCGCUUAGUAAUACAUUCAAAGUGUCGGGCAAAAAAGGAUUCUUUCUUGUAGGUUGUGCUCACGUUUUUCAGUUUUUAAGCUUUACCCAACCUCCUAUAGCUUUUGUGUGUGAUUGUCCUAUAAAACUUAUCUCUAUACUUUCCUACAGUGGACAAAUGGCAUUACAUUACGCUGAAGUAGAGUGCAAAUGGAAUCAAAAUCAAACGAAACCCCGCAAUGAAAGGAUCAGGAUCUACAGGAACGCAAGUUUGGAAAC